GAAACAAUGUCAUCGGGUGAUGUUACGGUGUAUUUGAAAUACCUCAACGACCGACGGCUCUCGUACACCUUAUUUUCGCAACAAUUAAGAAGGACAUGAAAAUUUGCGUGAUUCGAAACAGUUAGUCCCGGUCAAGGUGUGUGUUCCGCCUUGUGUUCAGCGAGAGGCUUUCCCUCCUUCUCUUACACACCUAUACAACGCGUGCCAUUUUGUAAAAGCCGCACUGCCAUAAAUGUGUUCAGCAAUCUAAUUAACUGCCGUAGUUAUAAUGAUAAUAUAAACAUACUAUGUGCUCACUAAGUCCGGUUAAUAAUUGGCAAGAUUUAUUCGAAUAAAAUAGUGUAAUCUAGCGUUAUGAACAGAUGGAUGAACAAUCGGUGACAGUGAGUGUGGACUAUAGUGAGUUGAAGUUAUGCAUAAAGAAGAAAGAAGUGAUGUGGCCUGGCUUCGAUAGAGGUGGUACUGCCAAAACCGAUGCAGCUAGCCAUAGCCAACAGGAAACGUUGGCCGACAUCGAGCAUAUAUCAACAAUUGCCGGUUCGCUUGGAAGUAUUGGAAGCAUUUCCCAGUGUCCGGAGGGGGAACCUGUCUACGAGACCGAUCAUACCGAUCUUAACUCCGAAUACGACGAGGCAGAACUACGCAAGGAACUUAUGAAAGAUAAAUGGCGUCAACUUUUCGAUGCAUUCGACCCGGAAGGCUUUGGCGAAAUUCCGGUGAAUGACUUCAUCGAAGCCCUAAAGUCCCCAGAGUUCCUGGCUAAUGUACCACCCAACAAGCGUGACAUUCUUUACGAUCGUGCCUUGAAGGCCAAAUCCUCGAAGGCGGAAUCGAUCUCUUUCCAGGAUUUCGUGAAUGUGAUGAGCGGCAAACGGUCGCGUAGCUUCAAGUGUGCAGUACAUCAUCGCGAUCGUGAAGUUUGUUCGGAGAACGAUUUUCAUCUGAUAUUUGAAGAUCCACCAUUAUUCAAGAGAAUGGUGCACGUAAUUGCAAUGGAAGUGCUCCCCGAAGAGCGGGAUCGAAAAUAUUAUGCAGACAAUUAUUCAUGCUGUCCGCCUCCAUUAUUUGUGAUAUUAGUUACAUUAGUCGAGUUGGGGUUUUUCACCUACCACACGCUUACCUCGGGUCAAGCGGAUCCGGCCGGUCCGGUUCCGAUCGAUUCGAUGUUCAUCUACCGGCCAGACAAACGGCACGAAGUCUGGCGGUUUCUGUUCUACAUGGUUCUACAUGCCGGAUGGUUCCAUCUGGGUUUUAACCUAGUCGUGCAACUCCUAGUUGGGCUACCAUUGGAGAUGGUACACGGAUCAACUAGGAUAGGUUGCGUCUAUCUGGCAGGUGUACUCGCUGGUUCACUAGGAACCAGUGUGUUCGAUCCUGAAGUCUACCUCGUCGGUGCCAGUGGGGGCGUCUAUGCUCUGCUGGCCGCUCACCUAGCGAAUGUUAUGCUCAACUACCGCAAUAUGCAGUACGGCAUCGUUCGGCUACUGGCGAUAUUCCUAUUCGCAUCCUGCGACGUCGGUUUCGCGAUCUACUCCCGGUACGCGGUAGAACCGGAAAGCGGUGCCCCAUCGGUGUCGUAUGUGGCGCAUCUGACCGGUGCCCUGGCGGGCCUCACGAUAGGGCUGCUGGUGCUGAAAAACUUCGAGCAGAAACUGCACGAACAACUGCUCUGGUGGGUGGCGCUCGGAGUGUACGCGGCCUGUACGAUCUUUGCCAUCGUGUUCAACCUGCUCAACACCGUCACCGUGCAGAGGCUAGAGGAGGAAGGCGAGCAGGUAUUGAAGCAGCAUCUUUUCAACAAUUUUGGAUUUUAAACCGAGUACGCAUGAUCGGCUUGGAAACUCGAUAGCGUUCGGAAGCGUUCUAAACGCAAACUGUCCGUCCUUACGGCUUCGAUGAGGAACCACGAACGGGGCAACGAACCAGUGAGUAUAAAAUUCGAAAGUGAGCGAAAGGUGCGUCGAAGUUAGGAGGAAAAUUGAAAGUCGAGGCUGUGGCACGUGGAAUUGAACUACUGAGAGGGCCUCGGGGAAAAAGUUGUGAUUUGUGUAUAGACUUAUUUUGUAUUGCGUAUGUUUAUAUUUAACGAGAACUUCGGGAAUUUGGUAGGAACUAAAGUCUUGAAUCGAGAUCGUAAUGAACUAAGUAGAGAGAAAAGGAAAAGUUGGCAAGCUCAGUGACCUCGACAGUCUGAUCGCCGCACGCGGAUGUGGUUGAUGAUCAGGUUUAGACAUGUGUGAUUUUUUUUGUAAGGCUUGAAAAACGGAGAUAAUGCGAAAGGUUAGCUCGACAAUCGAUUUGGCUGCGUGCGCACAUCGUAAUUGAAUACGUAAGAGUACAUCACUGGAUAGAAUAAAGUGCUUUAAAUUUUUUUUCCCAAUUUAAACUCUCGAAGGAGUAUGAACUGAUCCACUUUUCGUCCUUCCCCUCCGUCAAGCACGAGUCACUUUGAUUGUACCGUGGAGCGUUCCAUUUCGGUCCAAGAUACCAAAGACUGUAAAUGACAUUCAAGCAAAUCACCUGAAAUGCGAUGAUCAUAGUUAGCAAAUAUCGAUUAAUCGAAGGAGCCGUUGAUCUCCUGUCAAAGUCCAGUACACUUUUUUGUAAAUAUUUUUUUUUUAUAGAAUCUAAACCAAUCCGAGUCGAACCCAAAAAAAACACUUUUGCAAAUUUCUUAGUGAAAUUAAUGAAAAUGCAAACACACUGUACAUUCACUCUCACUAAACUCAAUGCAAGAAGGUAGCAAUAUCUUCCGUUCCAAAAAGAGAAAGCAAGAAUACGAGUAAACAUUUUAGUUAGGCUCUUUGAAUUUAAAUAAAAUGAAUAUUAAAAAUCCUAUUAAUACUGCAUAUUAUUACUGCUGAAAGAGGAAAUCAAUAAUUCUAGUCAAUUUCUAUGAAACUAUUAUUAUUAAUUAUUAUUAUUAUUAAAUUAACCUGAGCAAAUCCAACCCUUUCGAAGAGAAUAGAUCAAAAAGUAUUGUAGAGAAAAGGAAAAAAAAUACACACUCAACUUAUUCAAGUCAUUAAUCACAAAGAAAUUUAGUGUUUAUUUAUUAUUUUUGUCUAAUCAUGCAAUCAACAAAAUACAGUUGCCGUCAAAACAGUGAAAAACGUCCCCCUGUGGAAUUCAGAUCCCACACCUGCUGUUAUCGAAACCGAUUCUGUUGAGCACAAUCCUAAUUGUUUUUGCGUCUUUAUAAUAUUUUUUUUUUGUUUUUAAAAAUAGGAAAAGCCAAAGAAGAUUUAUUUAUUUUUUUAUAUCGUAAAUUAUUCCGGGACGACCGAAAAAUUAGCACGAACGAAUCUUUCCACGGGAAAUGUUUGCGUACCCUCCAAUAAUAAUAAUUAAUUAAAAGAAGAUUGAAUCAAAUGCCUUACCAAAUAGAAAUAAACCAAAAAGUAACCCUCCACUUCCCCUGAAAUCCACUGUUCGAAGAAGUACAAACGAAUCUGGGUCAAUGUGCUUUUCGUAGAACAUUUUUUCGUAAAAAAAAUACACUGCCAGUAACACACUAACGAGAGAGAAAAUAAAACUAUAAAAAACGCAUUCAUUUUCCUGAAGAUUACGUGAAACUGUGGGAAAAUCGUAUAACUGUCUCGCAUAAUUAAGAGAUACCGACAGAAGAAAAAAAUAAUCUAAUAGGAUGUAUUUAUAAUAAAUUAUUGUAUGCGAAAAAAGUAUAUGCAAAACGAGGAAAAAAUCACCGAAAAGAAAACAUUAAUAAAAAACAAAAACCAUUGAAAAUCAA